AGAGAAGACCUUUUUUUACCAAAUGAAAAUGAGACUAUAUCAGCCUAUGGGGAGAUGGAAUCAAGUACUAGCAAUAUUUCAAACAAUACAAAUGUGGAUAUUUUAAGACACUCUACAAGAAAACAUAAAA